UUAACUGCUGCCACGGCGAGGAGAGGAGGCGGUUCAACCGACGUUUAGCUGCACCUCGUAAGGCAAGGGAGUGGGCAGACCCUGUACCGCCGCUGCUCUCGCCUCUAACGUGUACCGUAGGCUACCGUGCUCAUCACGGAUCACGCACUGUUUACGACCUCUGCACCCCCCCCACCCUAGCUCGGUUGGCUAGUGGUAUUGUAGGACCUAUAAUCUCGAUCAACCUUUCCAGUUCCGGUAUUGAACAGCGGCAGUUUGAGCAGAGAAGCACAGCCCCCUGGUUUCUCUCCGUAGCGUGUCCCUCCUUGCGCUCUGCUCUCUCACAGGCAGACAUGGAUGAUGGUCCGUCUUCGACAAGCUGUUUUCGAAGGAUAACGGACUGUUUUCUGGGCCCAAGUCUGACGGAUGACAAAGUGAAGGCCUACCUCUCCCUUCACCCUCAGAUGCUGGAUGAGUUUGUAUCGGAGAGCGUGAGUUCAGAGACACUGGACAGAUGGCACAAGAAGAAGAGCAGCGGUAGCCUGCCUGCAG